CCCCCGCUCCCGCCCCGCCACCCUCGGGAGCGCCGGCCCCGCCGCUCGCCCACCCCCCCUCCCCUCCUCCGCCCCGGGCCGCCGGGAGCCCCCCGAGGGGGGGUGCGGCUAGGGGGUGUGGGGGGGGCCGCCCCGUCGCGGCCCGAUCCCCCCCUCCACCACCACCACCACCACUCCGCCUCCGGCCCCGGGACUCGGGCUUUGUGUCGGAUGCGGGCAGGCGCCCCGCGCCCACCCGGGCCGUCGUAAGCGCCGCGCCGCCCGGCCAUGCCCUUCCACCCGCGGCGCGUGGACGCGGCCCGGCCGCCGCCGCUCUUCCGCUCGCUCGAGCAGGUCAGCGCGCACGCCCUGGUCCGCCUGCUGGCGCAGCUGGCCGAGCUGUCGCGCUGCGCCGGGGACAUCUUCGGGGAGCUCGAGGGCCAGGCGGCCGCGCUGGGCCGGCGCACCCGCGCGCUGCACCGCCGCCUGGACGCCCUGCACGGCGCCGCCGCGCGCCUGGACCACCGGCGCGUCAAGAUCCCGGUUUCCAACCUAGAUGAGGAGAGCAGAUGGACUGUCCACUACACGGCUCCGUGGCACCAGCAGGAGAACGUGUUCCUGCCCAGCACCAGACCCCCCUGCGUGGAGGACCUGCACCGGCAAGCCAAACUCAACCUCAAAUCCGUGCUGAGAGAGUGUGAUAAGCUACGGCGAGAUGGCUACCGGAGUUCUCAGUACUACUCGCAGGGGCCCACCUUCGCAGCCAGCUGCAGCCCGCAAGGUGAGGAUUAUCAGGAUGAGGAUGAUGACACAGACCAGAAGAGUUCCAUUUCUUCAUCAGAAGAGGAAAGACUCAUUUCCAUCAGGAGAUCUAAAACGCCAACCUCCAGUGACCUCUCAGACCUCAACACUCAGACGAACUGGACCAAGUCCUUGCCAUUGCCUACACCAGAGGAGAAGAUGCGGCAGCAAGCCCAGACUGUCCAGGCUGACGUGGUGCCUAUUAACAUAACCGGGGAGAAUUUCGAUCGCCAGGCCAGCCUGCGGCGGUCUCUAAUUUACACAGACACUCUGGUAAGACGACCGAAGAAAGUCAAAAGGAGAAAGACUAUUACAGGCGUCCCUGACAACAUACAGAAGGAGCUAGCGUCCGUCGCGGGCCACGAGGAUGAUGGCCACUCAGCCUACAGCCCCGACCACUGCGCCACACUGGGAAGGCUUGACAGUUACCGGGCCGCGGGGCCACGCUCGGAGACCAGGGACUCCAGCUGCCAGACGGAGGAAGAAGGGAAAGUCGUGCCACCUUCCAUGCGACGAAUCCGGGCCCAGAGGGGCCACGGCAUCGCGGCUCAGAUGGGCCACCUGUCCGGCUCCUCGGGGAACAUGUCUGUCCUGAGCGACUCGGCGGGCAUCGUGUGCCCGUCGCGCCUGCGUGGUGAUGCGGGUUUCCACAGCCUGCCCCGCUCGGGUGCCCGGGCCAGCACCCAGUCCCUGGGGGCCCUGGGCCCCCCAGACAGCCCAGAUGAGCGGAGCCACCCACGGGCAGAUGACGGCUUAGGACAUUUAGGCGGGGUCCCCAGGGCCGGAGCGCUGCUGAGACCCAGGUCGCACGACCUGAGGUUCCUGGAGAGUGACGUAGUCACCAGCCCUGCGUGCGUAGUUUCGCCGCACGCCACCUACACCACCAGCCUCAUCCCCAAUGCCACGCUGUCCUCCUCCUCGGAGGUCAUCGUCAUCCACACGGCCCAGAGCCCAGGGCAGUCGGAGGGGAAACUCGGCGGCUGCGCCUCGUACAUCAAGACGAGGCCCCGAGACCACGCGCUCUCGCGGCACGGGAGCCGAGAUGCGCCCCGCUCGCCCAGCGGCCACUGGGCCCGGGGCCACCCUGCCAGCCCGUCUCAGGCCUGCGCACCCCGCUCCCCCUGCACCCCCACGCUCUUGUCCCUCGGUGACUCCGCAGACUCUCUCAGUGCCCCCGCCCAGGGGGAGAACGGGGGCCCGCCCGGAGCGCUGGCCUAUCCGUGCAAAAACAAGCUGAGCUUCCCCGCCCACCCCGCCGAGGAAGAUGGCAAGAGCGAGUCCAGUGCCACGGGGGGCCGGAGCCAGGCCAGUGCCAAGCCCUGGGAGUGCAGCGCCGCCGCCAACGGGAGGGCGUCCCCGCUGAAGCCACCGCUGGCCAGCCCGGGUCACUCCACACCCACCAGCACCGUGAGCAGCUGCAGCUUGGACCAGGCGUCCCAGCGGGAGGAUGCCAGGUCCCUGUACUCCGAGGACCCGGACGCCUCGUACGCCGCGGCCCACGGCUCCGGGAAUCUCUGCCAUAGCAACAACGGCUUUGGGGAGCCCAGGCACAGCGUGGGCAGUAUCUUCGACGGGCGGGCCCCCAAGAGCCCAGGGGAUGGGCCCGCUUACCUGGACAAGGCCCUCUCCCGGCACAUCUCCCUGAAGAAAGCCAAGAAGCCCCCGCUGCCCCCGUCGCGGACCGACUCUCUCCGCCGCGCCCCCAAGAAGAGCGCCCCGCCCAACGGGCAGCUGCUCAACGAGAGCCUCAUCGCCUCGCUGCAGCACUCCCUGCAGCUGAACCUGGCGGGCAAGGGCGGCAGCUCGCCCUCGCACAGCCCCUGCAGCGACCUGGAGGAGCCCUGGCUGCCGCGCUCCCGCAGCCAGAGCACGCUGAGCGCGGGCAGCAGCCUGGCAUCCGCCACCACGCCCAACGUCUAUGCCCUGGGCGGGCUCACGCCGUCGCAGAGCGACACGAGCAGCGUCAAGUCCGAGUACACGGACCCGUGGGGCUACUACAUCGACUAUACGGGCGUGCAGGAAGACCCGGGCCAGCCCGGCCACAGUGGCGGCGGCAGCGGCGGCGGCUGCAGCGCGGGCAACGGGCCGGGGCGCCCUGGGCAUGCCGAGGCUCGGGCCGCGGGCCAGGGACCCGGGGGCUCGGCCAAACCAAAGAUCCCGUCGCCCGAGAAGUCGCACCGCGUCACCUCUCCGUCCAGUGGGUAUUCCAGCCAAUCGAACACGCCCACCGCCCUCACCCCCGUGCCUGUGUUCUUAAAGUCCAUGUCACCAGCCCACGAGAAGGGCAAGAGCAAGCCCAAGGUGCCCGAGAGGAAGUCCUCCCUGAUAUCAUCGGUGUCCAUCUCCUCCUCAUCCACCUCCCUCUCUUCCAAUACCUCCACCGAAGGUGCUGGGGCGCCCAAGAAAUCAGAGACGGCGCCCCCUCUCCCUGGCCUUGCCUCCCCGAGCCCUACGGACAAGCCCCCUGCCCACGAGGGCUCUCCUCCGGCCCCCUCCUCCCCCUUCCCUCCUCCACCCCCAGAACUGCUCGCCCCGCUCUGUUCGCCCCCAGAUCCCUGCUUUCCUCCUCCCCCCUCCGCCCUUAGCCCCCCUCUUCUGGAAUCUUCCGCCCCAGGGCCACUUCCCCCGCCAGCCCCACCCCUGGACCCCCAAUUGAUGAAAGACAGCAGCGGGCCUGCUUUCAGGAGGCCGAGCCGUCCAGAAUCCCCCCGGGAGGCGGCCAAGCGACCCUGGAGCAAGGAGGAGGGCGGUCAGCCCCCCAUGCCUCUGAUCACCACCGAGGCGCUGCAGAUGGUGCAGCUGAGGCCGGUGAGGAAGAACUCAGGAUCCCAGCUAGCCCCGCUCGAGGAACCAGCAUCUCAGGAAAAACAAGCCCCGGUCGUUCCCCAGCCUCAUUUCAAGCCAUCUGCUUUGCUGAGAGCCCGAAAUAGCAUAAAUGAAAUGGAGAGUGAAAGCCAGCCCGCCGCCCUGACGAGCUCAGAGCUCUCCACUCCUGCCAGGAGCCAGAGCCAGGGUCACCGGGACGGUGCAGCCGAGCGGGGCCUGGCGAGCUACAGCGCUGGGGACGACGACGGCGGCGGCGGCGGCGGCACUUCGGCAGCAGCAGCAGCAGCAGCAGCAGCCAGGGCUGAGACCGCCCGGCUCCACCCGCCCCCCGGGCCUUCACCCAGCAGGAAGCCGCCCCCCAUUUCCAAGAAGCCCAAACUGUUCCUGGUGGUGCCGCCCCCGCCGAGAGAUUUCACGGCGCAGCCUGCGGGGACCGUGAGCAGAGGGGCGCCCAGCCCCACGAGGGCACAGGCAGAGGACGGUGCCGCAGCCGCCGCCGCCGGGGCCGGUUCUGAUGAGACCCGUGCCAGCAGCUCGGUGCCGGUGGAAGGAGCCGCAGGAACUGCAUCUCCAGCCAGAGUGGAAGCCAGUGCCCCCAUGGUGCAGCCCGACGAUGCCUGCACGACGGCCGGGCAGAAGGAGCCGGGCUCCUCCGAGAGCAGCGCGGAUGGGGAGGAGCACGUGGAGCACUGCUCGGUGCUCCAGGAUGGAGGGCCAGAGGCUCCGGAGACGCUCCUCGCAGCAGCCCCUUCUCAGUCUGACGCCGGGGACUUCCUCAAGGAGGAAGGCAGUGAUGAGGUGAUGACCCCCAGCAGACCACGGACCACCGAGGACCUGUUUGCAGCGAUUCACAGAUCCAAGCGGAAAGUCCUGGGCCGCAAAGAUUCGGAUGACGAUCACACCCGCAACCACUCGCCCUCCCCGCCCGUGACACCCACGGGCGCCGGCCCCAGCCUGGCCUCCCCGAAACAAGUGGGGUCCAUCCAGAGAAGCGUCCGCAAGAGCAGCACGAGCAGCGACAACUUCAAAGCGCUGCUGCUGAGGAAGGGGAGUCGCGCCGACACCAGCGCGCGCAUGUCGGCGGCAGAGAUGCUCAAGAGCACGGACCCCCGGUUCCAGCGGUCCAGGUCGGAGCCGGCGCCCGACGCGCCCGAGAGCCCGUCUAGCUGCUCCCCGAACAAAAACCGCCGCGCCCAGGAGGAGUGGGCCAAGAACGAAGGGCUGAUGCCCCGGAGCCUGUCCUUCUCGGGCCCCCGCUACGGCCGCAGCCGGACUCCGCCGUCGGCCGCCAGCAGCCGCUACAGCAUGCGCCACCGCAUCCAGAGCAGCCCCAUGACUGUCAUCUCGGAAGGCGAGGGCGAGGCCCCGGAGCCCGCCGCGGGCACUGCCAGAGGAUGCUCACUGGAGGGCCUGGACAGGGUGGAAAGGAACCAGGGCAGCCCGCUUGGGGCUGGGGAGCCUGGUGCGUCGCUGUGGGCGCAGGCGGCGCAGACCCCUGCCGAUGGGUCGGUGGGUGGCCAGGGCAGGGAGCCUGCGGAACAGGCCAGGGGGUCUCGGUGGGAAGACAGUUAGGAGCAAGAGCCUCCAGCCACCACCACCCCCCCCCAGCUGACCUGGGGGAGAGAGCAGCACGUGGCUCUGUGGGGAAGCCCUGCCGGUCAUCCUCUUGGCCUUGCCCUGGGCGCCCAGAGCAGAAGAGGGAUGUUUAGCACUCACUUGGCGUUUGCCCUGUGACUUAAAAGCAAGUAAGUAGAAGCUUAACUUCUGAAAGUGCUUCCUGGGGAACAAUUUAUUUUUUCCUCUCGUUUUUCUAUGGCUUCAUGCUAGGUAUGUGUGUUCAUGUGUGUAGGGGUGUGUGUGUGUGUAGGGAUGAGUGUGUAUAGGAUUUUGUGUUGGGUGAAUGUGUAGGGAUGAGUGUGUGUGUGUGUGUGUAGGAUUUUGUGUUGGGGUGAAUGUGUGUGUGUAUAGGGGUGAGUGUGUGUGUAGGAUUUUGUGUUGGGGUGAAUGUGUGUAUGGGGUGAGUGUGUGUGUGUGUAGGAUUUUGUGUACGGGUGAGUGUGUGUGUAGAGAUGAGUUUGUGUGUGUGCAUUUUUAGAUGCUUCUUGGUGUUAUAAAACACACAGUGCAUCUCUGUGUUAAAAACACACACACCACACACACACACACACACACACACAUGCCAUGUGUGAACAUAGGAAGAAAGACAAAGUUAAGCUAGUUAAGAGUAAUGGAGGCUUCCAGACUGGGUGGAAAUUCGAGAGUUCCAGAAAAAGGGAGAGCUGGUAGGUUUGCUGUUCUGACUGCUCUGAACACAGGGCUGCUUCGAGGUGAGCCAUGUCAUGGGUAACCCAGAACUUGGGGAAAGGGCUAAGUGACUAAUCGGUUCAGGUACUUUUUUGGGGGGGUUGGAAGGGGGGAGUCUUUGCUUCUUUUUUGGAAAAAAAAAAAAGACAAAAAACCAUGGCGGUUGGCAACGCUACUGCACUGUCUCUCAGAGCCUGCGGCAGCGUUGUACCAACACACAACGUUUAGCCUGAUGGUUUAGGAAAAGUGGGAUAAUUUGUGAAUGAAUUUCCUCCCUGGGCAGCAGCUGAGGCCUUGGGGGAGAGCUGACAUGCACACGGACACACAGGAGGAUGGUGUGGAGAGAAGGGGGGGGAGAGGGAGAGAUCUACUGCCGGAAUGGGUUUCCUGCUAAUUAAAGUUAUUUUUCAGAAUUAAAUUUGAAGACUUGCACUACAGAAUUGUGGGUGGUGUUUUUUUUCUUUUACGUUUCUUUUUUCUUUUUUUUUUUUAACCAGAGUUUAAACUUCCAUUUGGCAAUUUCUUACCACUUGAAAUGUCAACAUUUGCUAACUUUUGGAUAUCUUUUCAAUUACACCAAAGAAAAAAGUGAUGGCAAUUUUUCUUCAACUGCCUACAGUACCAUGUCCUCACUUAGAAAGGUUUAUCAAAAUCUAUUCUGUGUUAUCUCAUUUGGAAGAAAAAUGCUGAAUAGCUCUUGUUAGUUAAAUAAACUGAUUUUAAAAAAAUUGGAAGGGCUCAGUGAUUAAUUGGCCCCGGGAAAUGAUUUUUAGAUUAAAAAUAACUUUUUGAAUCCUUUUGUUUGUGUGUUUUUAUACAUUUUUUAAAUAAACAAUUGAAUUGGCUAAUUAACCUCUAAUAUUCUCCAGCUAAGACAGUAACGAUCUUUGACACUGAGGGUGGGAUUGUGUAUUUAUUUUAAUGUCAUAGUUUUCUGAUUGAUUCUCCCAUUCUUUCCAACUGCCAUAUACUUAAACUCCUUUAUUUAUUGGUUAAAUAAAAUCAGUCUUGUUGUCUUCUUUAGAAGAAUUUAAGAUGACAGUCCUGAGAUUCUUGGCUUAAAUGCAGUGACAUUGCCUGUUGUCAUCAUUUUUGGCAUGGAAAUAUCUGAAAGUUGGGCUGCAUCAGCCAUGUUAUCAGGUUUUAUACAGCUAUGUGCCAUGUUCUGACGCCUUGAUCAGUGUCCAUGAUGGCCCAGCUGUGUGGUAGGCGACACUAUUAGGUUGAAGUUCACUCAAGCUCUUCACUUAAUAGUGAAAUAAUGAUAUAUUUCUCAGAGAAUAUUCUAAUCAAUGAGGUAUAGAUGUACAUAGGUUUCCCCUUUGUGAUAUGCCUUUAAGAUUAAAAAAUAAUAAUAAUAACCCCAAUGAAUCAAGUUUCCUUCCCUUCUGAAGAAAACAAAGCACUUCUUUUCACACCUUCAGAAUCACGACCUGUUAUUUGGCCAAAGGAAAAAAGAACUUUGUACCAUAUGGACCAACUGUCUACUGUCUACACUGGGCUUAAGAAUCUUUUCUUUUAAAUUUUAGAGAAGUCGUGUUAAUUUUGGAUAGAAAAUCUUCUCAUGCCUUCCUAAAGGAGAUUAGAAUGUAUGUGGAGCUCAGAAAAUUAUAAUAUAUAAAUCACUUGUGUUGAAGGGAAGAUAAGCAACAUCAAGACUAAUUCUAUAACUAUUUUUUAAAUCCCCCUUUUUACAGGAAAAGAAAUAUAUGGUUUUUAAAUUUGCUUUGAAUAAAAAGU